UCUGUGGUGGGGCAGCACGGAGGACAGCAGCAGCGUGCCGCGGGCGAGGCCAGGGCUGGCGGGGAGGGGCGCCUGCAGGGCGGCGUGAAGCGGGACAGGAGGUCCAGCAAGGGCAGCCUCACCCACGAGGUCGGCGACAAUGCCCGCCUCCUGCCGGCGCGGUCCCGCAUGCCAGCCUUCCGCCUGCCUGGGUACAGCAUCCAGGACCAGGAGCGGCAGUUGCAUCGUCGCCGGCUGGAGGCGCUCUCCCAGCUCGGUCUUCACACCGCCUCAGACCUUGCGCUACAGAGGGUGCUUCCCUCGCCCUUCCACGGAAUGAAGGGGUCUUCCAGGCCGGGCACUAGCAGGGUGGCAGACCCCCGCCACGACCCCUACGAGGGUAACAGCGCCCAAGGAGGAGUGCCACUGGGUGACCAAGGCCCCGGCUUCCUACCGCAGCAGGACCAAACAUCCAAUGAUGACCCAUUUAAAAUUCGGCGAAAACUCACGACGAAGGAGCUGACGAAGAAGAUAAAGCUGCACCAGGCGGCCAUCAGGAGGGAGCGGCGCCGCUUCAUCGCCGGAGCCGAGCGGCCUCCAGCGAGGAAGAAGGCGAGCUACCUGGAGCUGCUGGAGAACCGGCAGGAGUUCCGACGGACGUUGGUCAAGCUGCUCAAGACAGAAGAGUGUCGGACUAAGAGCGGGCGAGACCAGCUAGAACGUCGCUACCACUACUUCAUCACCCGAGGCCUCUCUAUGCGCUCCAGCCCCUUCCAGAAGUCCUGGGUCUCCGCCAUUCUUGGCCUCGUCCCCAAGCACCUCAGGACUCAGAUGGGUUCGUGCCAGAACCUACUACAACAGCUACAGAGGGACUACGAGCACAAUAUGAGGAAGGUCGCCGUCGAUUUUGUCCUCGAUUCCGGCAAGCCUCGUCCCCGGCAACAACUUUCCAUGCAGAUGGAGUCGAGCCGCCUGGCACUGGAGUCGUGGGCUCCCUCUAAGAACUCCAUCAAGAAGAACCUCCACCUCCUCAACUCUUGUAUGUUGCAGACAUUGGAGCUUUGGUACCGCGAGUACAGCGGUCUACGGUUGGUGGAGGUGGCGAAGGUCAUGGAAGGCAAAGGUAGUCUGGAGCUGGAAGAGUUCAUGGCUGGAGUGGCCGAUCAGCUGGACGCAACCAACGACACCCUCACUCUCUGGUUCACACAAAUCCAGACUAUCUUCUACAAGGGGUUUCAGCGAGGCCAGAUGCCAGGCUUCAGUCAACCGGCACGACUCUCUUCCUUCUGUAAUGCUGCCGUCACCAUCAUGACUCACAACCUCCAGUACCUCUGCCUUUUAUCUCUCUUCUCUGCCACCGCUUCACUCUGCGGCGCCGAACCCAACCUCCAGGACCCUGCUUCUAUAGCUCUUUGGGUUAAAGAGCCUACAUCAGGUCGCCCAUCGGUGAUGUCAGGGGGUGAGAGAAGCCAAGGCGAUGAAGUCACAACAGACGAGGGUCUGGGGGAGUCUCUUGGCGAGGGCCCUGAAGGCACCGGCAAGGAGGUGACGGAGGCUACUACGGCUGCUACAGAAGGGCAGGAGGACGGUGAAGAUGAGGACUCCAUCCUCAUGCAGGCGGGCUCCAGCGGCCACCCCAAGAAGCCGAUGGUGAUAAAGCUACACCUUCUCUUGAACGGCAAGCAGGUGGUCAUCAAGCCGCCCUUCAAGGAGGUGGAGGCGUCGCUGCUCUCCCUCUACGACAAGAUGGUGCAGCUAAGCAUGUCUGUGCCGCGCCUUGAGACCAAGCUCUUUGCCGAGUGGGAGGGACGCCAGGGCAACAUUACUCCAGUGGUGGAGGAGGAGGUGAUAGGCCGCCUGAGGCAGCAAGUGCUGAAGGAGAUCUGGGAGUCUAACGUGGCCCCGACCCACCACGCCACCAGGUACAACAAGUACGACUCCCUCAUCAGCGGCCAGGCCGAGGAGGAGGUGCAGGAGUUCAUGUCAGGCGACCAUCCCUUCGAGUCCUACGUGGAGAAGUUGACGGAGUUUUCUGUACUGAGAGCCGACAUCCUUACUUCCUCCCAGCAGGUGGUGGAGAUGGGACCGUACGAAGUACACUGCGAGGCGCUGGUGGCCUCCCUGGUGUCCAGGGUUACCAACCUCCGGCGGGAGAUGCUCACCCACCUCCACCAGCAAUACUGCGCCUCCGCUGAUAUGCUGUGUGGAGAACUGAAGGAGAUCACGGAACGCGCCCUCAGCACCCCAGGCGACACCCUCCAGCUCAUGGAGCACAAGGCCUAUAUGGAGGACGUCAUGGAGAACCAGCUGCACAAGCUGGAGACCAGAGUCUGGCGUCUCCAUACCCAGCUCCAGUUCCUGGCGGAGAACAUGUCGUUGAGCUCUGAGGAGUGUAACGACGCCGUCCAGCCCCUCGCCUGGUUCAUCCGCCUCCCGGAGGUGUUCCGGGUCCACCUCCAGAUCAUCACGGAGAAGAGGGCUGAGUACGAGGCCAACCUCAGGGAGAGGCGUGAGAAAUUCCAGGAGGAGUUGGCAGAAUAUGCAGUGCAGCUGGAAGAUUUCCAGACCCUGGGAGACCACAAUGAAAUCCAUGAAUAUUUACGGCGAGCAAAGUCCCUCCAUUCCCGCCUCGACCAUGCUGCAAACUAUAUCGAACAGAUCAACAAGGAGGAGGAAGCUCUCUCCUGGAACACCACUCACUACCCACUGAGAAAACAGGUGUCGGAUAAACUGGCGCCAUUCCUGAAGCUGUACGAGGUGGGUGUGGAGUGGUCGGAUCGCCUGGAGGAGUGGCUGCACUCUCCCGUGGGCACUCACGACCCUGACGUAAUAUCCCAGGAGGUGGCAGCCACCUGGCGCACCGUAUAUAAGCUCGAGAAAGGAUUCGGUGAUCUGCCCGCCGCCAAGAACGUAGUCAUCGCGGUUCGACAGCGAAUAGAAACGUUCCGAGAGAACCUCCCGUUGGUGCAGACGCUGGGUAACCCGGGCCUGAAGGAGAGGCACUGGGAGAAGAUCUCAGAGGUGGUGGGGUAUCCCCUCAGAGCGGACGCUACUACCACUCUCCAGCGCCUCAUCGACUCCAACCUUGAAGACUAUCUCUCCAAGUUCGAGUCAGUGUCAGAGGCAGCCUCCAAGGAACACGUCUUUGAGAGGAACUUGGAGAAGAUGAAGAGUGAGUGGCAGGAGAUGGAGCUGGUGUUGAAGCCCCACCGAGAGACGGACACCUGGGUACUCUCAGCCGUCGAGGACAUCCAGUUCCUCCUCGACGACCACAUCGUCAAGACCCAGUCCAUGAGGUCCUCGCCCUUCAUCAAACCCAUCGAGCAGGAGGUGGCGGCGUGGGAGACGACGCUGGCGCAGCUGCAGGAGGUGGUGGACGAGUGGCUGAGGGUGCAGGCUACCUGGAUCUAUCUGGAACCCAUCUUCGGCUCCCCAGACAUAAUGGCUCAGAUGCCCGAGGAGGGACGCAGAUUUAACACAGUGGACAAGACCUGGAAGGACAUCAUGAAGAGUGUACGACAGAACACACGUGUUCUUUCCGUACUGGAAGUGGAUAAGAUUCUGGAGCGGCUCCGGAAGUCGUCAGAGCUGUUGGAACUGAUCCAGCGAGGCCUCAACGAGUACCUGGAAAAAAAGCGUCUUUAUUUCCCCAGAUUCUUCUUCCUCUCGAACGAGGAGCUUCUUGAGAUCCUAAGCGAGACGAAGGACCCGAGCAGGGUUCAGCCUCACCUCAAGAAAUGCUUCGAGGGGGUCAACUCCCUGGACUUCGGCGACGACUUGGAAGUGGUUGCCGUGAGGUCGAGUGAAGGCGAGGUCAUUGGACUUACACACAUCAUAAGCACAGCCAAGGCCAGAGGACAAGUCGAGAAGUGGCUGGUGCAACUUGAGGCCAGCGUCAAGUCCAGCAUCAAGAAGGUGGUACAAUCGUGCAUGGAGGCGUACUCGAGCAAGGCCCGGGAGGACUGGGCUCUGGAGUGGCCAGGCCAGGCGGUGCUGUGUGUCUCCCAGACCUUCUGGACCACUCACGUCUCCCGCUGCAUGGUGGAAGGUAGGCAGGAGAUGGAGACUUACUACGAGCUGUGCAACAGUCAGAUCGAGAAAGUGGUGGGACUGGUGAGAGGUCAACUCUCUAAGCAGAACCGCACCACUCUGGGAGCUCUGGUGGUGCUGGACGUACACGCUCGUGAUGUGCUCAAGGACGAGAUCAUGAAGAAGAAGGUGACGGACCUCACAGACUUCACCUGGCUCUCUCAGCUCCGCUACUACUGGCAGGACGACAUCCUGAAGGUGCGGAUGAUCAACGCGGAGCUGGACUACGGGUACGAGUACCUGGGCAACACUGGUCGUCUGGUCAUCACCCUGUUGACUGACCGCUGUUACCGCACCCUCACCCAGGCCCUCAUGCUCAACCUAGGGUCUGAGCAGGGUGGCCAGUCAGGGGCUCCCCGUCUCACCCUCCAGGGCACUGAGGUGAGUCUGGACCCAACCUGCGCCGUCUUCAUCACCAUGAACCCAGGGUACGCUGGCCGCUCCGAGCUCCCGGACAACCUUAAGGCACUGUUCCGCUCGGUGGCCAUGAUGGUGCCAGACUACGGACUCAUCGCUGAGAUCUCCCUUUACUCGUUUGGCUUCGUGGCCGCCCGGAGCAUGUCGAGGAAGAUCGUGGCGACGUACAGGCUGUGUUCGGAGCAGCUGUCCGCCCAGCCCCACUACGACUAUGGCAUGAGGACCGUGAAGGCUGUGCUGAUCGCUGCCGGGACGCUGAAGCUUAAGUACCCAGAUAUGCAGGAGGCCGUGUUAGUGCUCAGAUCAAUUCGUGAUGUGAAUCUUCCCAAGUUCCUGGCUCAUGACCUCCCGUUGUUUGAGGGGAUCAUCGCGGACCUGUUCCCUGGGGUGGUGUUACCGGAGCCAGACUACACGUACCUGCACCGAGCGGUGAGGGAGGUGUGCGCCGGGGCGGGACUCCGGGCCAAUAACUACUUCAUGGACAAGGUGCAGCAGGUGUACGAGACGAUGCGGGUCCGACACGGCUUUAUGCUCAUUGGUAAUCCCAUCGGCGGCAAGACGGUGGCCUUGAGGACGCUGGCCAAGGCCCUCGCCAUCAUGAAUGACCGGGAUGAAGGCGAGAACCGCGUCCAGGUGUGUGUGAUCAACCCGAAGGCGGUGACGGUGGGGCAGCUGUACGGCCAGUUCGACCCCACCUCCCAUGAGUGGUCGGACGGAGUUCUCGCUGUCAAUUUCCGCAAGUUUGCUGUGUCAUCUUCUCCAGAUAGAAAAUGGAUCGUGCUGGACGGGCCGGUGGACAGCGUGUGGAUUGAGAAUAUUAAUUCUGUGCUGGACGACAACAAGAAGCUGUGUCUCAUGUCAGGGGAGAUCAUCUGUCUCUCCUCCACCACGAACAUCAUCUUCGAGGUCCACCACCUGGAGAAUGCUUCUCCUGCCACGGUAUCGCGGUGCGGGAUGGUGUACAUGGAGCCCCUGGCUCUUGGCUGGCGACCUCUGGUGGAAACAUGGCUGUCCAAGCUGCCCCAGACGCUGACGCAGCAGCACAAGGCUGUCCUUACAGCUCUUUUCCAUCGCUUCGUGCCCCCGUUGCUGUGCUUCAUCAGGAAACACUUGUUGUGGUUUAAGCUGGAGCGCAGCGAGUCGUACGUGCAGAAGGGCGUCUCCCCUACCACCGACCUCAACCUGGUCCAGAGCCUCAUGAAUAUCUUCGACUGCUUUCUCGACGAGUUCACAGAUCCCGCCUACACCAAGCACCACCCGGAGUCUGAUAUACGAGCUCACCUCGAGAGCAUCUUCCUCUUCUCUACCAUUUGGUCCCUAGGCGGCCCGCUCGACGAGUCCUCCAGAGCCAAAUUCGACCUUCUUCUACGAGAGUUGAUUAGCGGCGACCCCAGCCAUCAGACCACCGAGAUGUACGGUCUGGCAGAAGUGCCCCCGCCCCCCCACGACUACCAGCUCCCCAUACCUGACGACGACACCGUCUUCCACUACAAGUUUGUUAAGGAGGGUCGCGGGUACUGGCAGAAGUGGAGUGAGGACCUCACUAACGCGGCCUCCAUUCCUCGCGACGUGGCCGCCCACCAGAUCCUGGUGCCUACAGUUACUACUGUCCGUGUCGCCGCUCUGCUCAGCCUCCUCCUGUCUCAGGGCAAGCCGCUCCUCCUUGUCGGUCCUCCAGCCACCGGCAAGUCCGUCUACGUCUCGGACUUCCUGAGGAACAAGCUGAAGAGAGACGUGUACAAGCCCAUGUUCGUGAGCUUCUCCGCCCACACCACCACCACUCAUGUCCAGGACCUCGUCAUGAGUGGCCUCGAUAAACGCAAGAAAGGUGUGUAUGGGCCUCCCGUUGGGAAGCGCUGUGUGCUCUUCGUGGAUGACCUCAACUUGCCUCAGACGGACGCUUUCGGUACUCACCCUCCACUGGAGUUGCUCCGACAGCUGGUUGACCACGCCACCUGGUACGACAUCAGGAAGGAAGUGGAACCCAUCCAUCUCGAGGACAUGCAGCUGGUGUCGACGAUGAGUCUACGAGAUAGUGGGAGGACACCGCUCACUCCUCGCCUCCUGCGACACUUCAACGUCAUUGCUGUCAACGACUUCGAUGACGCUACCAUCCACGGAAUAUUUUCCAAGAUCUUGUUGUGGCACCUGGACACCCGAGGCUUCAGCAAGAUGUUCGACCCGUGUAUCGGAGAGAUCGUGACGGGCACCCUGGAGGUGUACCGCGCCGCCGCCACCCACCUCAGGCCCACCCCCUCCCGCUCUCACUAUAUCUUCAAUCUUAAGGACUUCUUUAGGGUCAUCCAGGGAGUACUGUUGUCGGUGCCGGAGACCAUGGAGGACCUGCGCUCCAUGAAGAAGAUGUGGGUACAUGAAGUUCUACGGGUGUUCUAUGACCGCUUGGUGGACAGUGCAGACCGCAGGUGGCUCUUGGACCGCGUCGCCGCCGCCUGCAGCAACCACCUGAACGAAGACUUCCACCACCUGUUGGCUGAGCUAGAUGUGGAAGGCAACGGAGAGGUGUCUGAGAGCAACCUUCGUAACCUGGUGUAUUGUGACUUUGCUGACCCCAAGAGUGAGAGUCGUCAUUAUGUCCAGGUGGAGGACCUGGAGGGUCUGAGGUCGGUGGUGGAGGGAUACCUGCACGAGUUCAACAACAUGAGCAAGAAGCCCAUGAACCUUGUUAUGUUCAAGUUCGCCCUGGAACACCUGGCACGGAUAUGUCGUGUCCUGCGUCAGCCGCGGGGCCACGCCAUGCUGGUGGGCGUGGGGGGCAGCGGCAGGCACUCCCUCACACGCCUCGCCGCCCACAUCACCGACUACGAGCUGUUUGAGGUGGAGAUGAGCAGAAGCUACGGCAUCACGGAGUGGAGGGAGGACCUUAAGACUAUCUUGAAGAAGGCAGGCACGGGAGAACAGCAUAUUGUCUUCCUCUUCAGCGACACCCAGAUCAAGGACGAGAUCUUCCUGGAGGCGAUCAGCAGCAUCCUUAGCAUCGGAGAGAUCCCCGGGCUCUACCCGACGGACGAGAAGCACACCAUCUGCGACAAGAUGAGGAACGUGGACAGGCAGAGGGACAAGAGCAAACAGACAGACGGGAGCCCGGCGGCGCUGUGGACACUCUUCGUGGAGCGGGUGCGGGAGCAGCUGCAUGUGGUGCUCGCCAUGUCCCCCUGCGGCGAAGCCUUCAGGAACAGACUCCGCAAGUUCCCCGCUCUACUCUCCUGCUGCACUAUCGACUGGUUCCAGUCUUGGCCGGAGGACGCGCUGGAGGCCGUGGCAGUGAGGCUGCUGCAGGGGGUGGAGCUGCCGGAGGAGACCCUCAAGGGCUGCGUCUCCCUGUGUCAGUACUUCCACACCUCCACCCAGGACCUCUCCGACAGGUUCCUGAAGCACCUGCGUCGCUACAACUACGUCACGCCCACCUCCUACCUCCAGCUCCUCCACACCUACAUGGUCAUCCUCGAGAGGCGCCGAGGCGAGGUCAAGAAGCAGGAAUGCCGGUACACGACGGGUCUGGCGAGGUUGGAGGAGGCGGAGACGUCGGUGCUGGCCAUGCAACAGGAGCUGCUCAAUCUGCAGCCCAUUCUGCUCACCAAGACCCGGGAGGUGGAGGAGAAGAUGGCCGUGGUGGAGAAGCGCAGGGGAGAGGUUGCCGAGGUUGAGCGCGUGGUGCGCCAGGACGAGGAGGUUGCCAACGAGGCUGCCGAGGCUGCCAACGGGAUCCGGAAGGAGUGUGAGGCCGAACUGAACCUGGCACUGCCGCUGCUGGAGGAGGCCACCGCCGCCCUCAACACCAUCAAGCAAGAUGAUAUCGUCUUCAUCAAAGCCAUGAAGAACCCUCCUGCCGGCGUCAAGCUGGUUAUGGAGGCCGUCUGCGUCCUCCUUGACGAGAAACCGGACCGCGUUCCGGACCCUCAAGGCACGGGCAAGAUGGUGGAGGAGUACUGGUCCGUGAGCAAGAGGCUGCUGGGAGAUAUUAAGUUUAAGGAGAACCUGCUCAACUUUGACAAGGAGAACAUCAGCCAGAAGGCGAUCCAGACCAUCCGCUCCAAGUACCGCGACAACCAUGAGUUCAAGCCCGAGAAGAUUAUGGUGGCGUCUAAGGCAGCCGAGAGUCUGUGCAAGUGGGUGCUGGCCAUGGAGAGGUACGAGGAGGUGGACCGCAAGGUGGCGCCCAAGAGGGAGGCUCUCCAGCGGGCUGACCACCAGUACCAGGGACUCAUGGGCGAGCUCCGUAAGAAGCAAGAGGCGCUCAGGGGCGUCCAGGAGGAGCUGGCUGGGCUCCAGGCGGAGCUCGAUACUGUCAAGAAGGAGAAACUUGAACUUGAACAGACGGUGGAACUGUGUAGCAUUAAGAAGGACCGCGCGGAGCAGCUGCUGGCCGCCCUGGGUGGGGAGAAGACCCGCUGGACGGACAACGCCCACCACCUGGCCCAGGUCUACAUCUACCUAACAGGAGACAUGUUGCUGGCGGCGGGGGUGAUAGCGUACCUGGGGGCCUUCACACCCGAGUACCGCACGGAGCAGACCACCCGCUGGCUCCAGGAGUGUCGCGAGAGGGGCGUGCCAUGCUCCGGAGAAUUUGUCUUGGCCUCGGUGCUGGGCGACCCGCUCACCAUCCGUGACUGGACUCUCAACGGCCUGCCCACCGACCCCUUCAGUAUAGACAACGGCGUCAUCAUCAGUAACACCACACGCUGGCCGCUGCUCAUCGACCCACAAGGACAAGCCAACAAGUGGAUCCGUAACAUGGAGAAGGACAACUCCCUUCAGGUGAUCAAGCUCUCUGACCCAGACUUCAUUCGCACCCUGGAGAACUGUAUACAGUUUGGCCAGCCAGUGCUGCUGGAGAACGUUGGGGAGGAGCUGGACCCCAUCCUGGAGCCACUGCUCCUGAAGCAGACCUUCAAGCAGAGCGGCUCCACCUGCAUCAAGCUCGGGGACGCCACCAUCGAGUACUCUGCCGACUUCAGGAUGUACCUGACGACGAAGCUCAGCAAUCCCAAUUACGUGCCGGAAGUGUCGGUCAAGGUCACCCUCGUCAACUUUGCUCUGACUGGGGCCGGCCUCGAGGACCAGCUGCUGGCCCUGGUGGUGGCGCACGAGAAACCCGAGUUGGAGGAGGAGAGGGUCACACUCAUGCUGCAGACCGCACAGAACAAGAAGAACCUUAAGGAGCUGGAAGACAGGAUCCUGUCAACACUUUCGUCGUCCAAGGGCAGCAUCCUGGAGGACGAGACGGCCAUCAACAUCCUCAGUGAUGCCAACAGACUGGUGAAGGAGACGCAGGAGAAGCAGACCAUUGCUGAAGAGACGGAGAAGAAGAUCAACGCCACUCGUCUGGGAUACCGUCCAGUGGCCAUAACCGCCUCCAUCCUGUUCUUCACCUUGAGGGACCUGGCCGCCCUCGACCCCAUGUACCAGUUCUCCCUAAACUGGUUCGUGAACCUUUUCUCCAACUCCAUUGACAACUCUGAGAAGGCGAGCGAGCUUCUGAAUCGCCUCAACGCCCUCAGGAACCACUUCACCCUCAGUCUCUACCACAACGUGUGUACAGGACUGUUUGAGAAGGACAAGUUGGUGUUCUCCUUCCUGGUGUGUGUUAACCUACAACGGUCUGAGAAUAAAGUGGUGGACAGUGAGUGGCUCUUCCUGCUGACGGGGGGCGUGGCUCUGGCUCACGACCCCGCCCCCAACCCCGCCCCUGCCUGGCUCCCAGAGACCACCUGGCUCCAGUUUCAAUGGCUCUGCUGUCUGCCCUCAUUAAAGCACUUAGUGAAGGAGUUCCCGCGGCACCUGCAGGAGUGGCGGCAGGUGUUUGAGUCGGAGAGCCCUCAUAAGGAGACCAUCCCGUGCGAAGGGGACGAAGAGCUGAGCCGUAUGCAGCUGCUGUGUGUUCUUCGGUGCCUCCGCGCGGACAAGGUGGUGGCGGCGGUGCAAGACUACGUGGCCGACCUGCUGGGGAAGGCUUACAUAGAGCCGCCGCCCUUCGACCUGGCCCGCACCUUCACCGACUCCAACUGCUGCCUGCCCCUCAUCUUCCUUCUCACCCCGGGGGCAGACCCGACCAAUCUCCUCCUCAAGUUUGCAGAGGAUCAGGGGAUGGGAGGAGACCGACUGCAGAGCGUGUCGCUGGGGCAAGGCCAGGGACCCGUGGCGAAGCGCCUCAUCGAAGAAGGAGCGAGGAUAGGCACCUGGGUCCUCCUCCAGAACUGUCACCUGGCCAAGUCCUUCAUGCCAUCCCUCGAGAAGAUGUGUGAGGACCUCAACCCAGAGACGACCCACUCUGACUUCCGGCUGUGGCUCACCAGCUACCCGUCGGCGCACUUCCCCGUGUCCGUCUUACAGUCCAGCAUCAAGAUGGUCACGGAGCCUCCCAAGGGGCUCAGGGCCAACCUCAAGAGACUGUACCUAGCGGACCCCCUCUCGGAGCCAGACUUCCUGCAGGGGCCGGGAUCUUCUGAAAGAUUCCGCCGCCUGGUGUUCUCCCUCUGCUUCUUCCACGCCGUCGUGCAGGAGCGGCGGCUCUUCGGCCCCCUCGGGUGGAACGUUCCCUACUCCUUCUCCGAUACCGAUCUCAGGAUUUCUGCUCAGCAACUUCGCAACCUGCUAGCAUCUUACGUGGAGAUCCCGUGGGAGGCGCUGCAGUACCUGACGGCGGAGUGUAACUACGGCGGGAAGGUGACGGACGAGAGAGACCGACGUACCCUCAGCACCAUCCUGCGACGCUUCUAUAACCCCGACGUCGUCAGCGGCGACCCUCACUCCUUUGACCAUCUGGGAGUGUACACGACGCCGCAGGAUGGUGAACACGCCCAGUUCCUGGAGCACAUCUCCGAGCUGCCUCGAGAUGCCCCGCCCCACGUCUUCGGCAUGAACAGCAACGCCAGCAUCAACAAGGACCAGGCCGAGACCAACAAGCUCUUCUCAGCCGUCCUCCUCACCCAGGCCACAUCACUGUCAUCAGGCGAGGGCGGGGCCGGGGAAGGCGACACUGUGGGCAGGACCUGUGAGGAGAUACUGAGCCGCAUCCCUGCACCCUUCCACGUGGACGCCGCCCUCGCCAAGUACCCCACCAUGAGGGAGCAGUCUCUCAACACUGUGUUGGUGCAGGAGAUGAGUCGUUACAACACCCUCAUCCACACCAUCAGCAGCACACUCAACGCCGUCCUCAGGGCCAUGGAAGGAACGGAGAGCUUGUCGGAGGAGGUGGAGGAGGUGUUAGUGGGGGUGAGGACAGGCCGGGUGCCAUCUUCGUGGCGGGCCCGGUCCUACCCGACUCUGAAGGGACUCGGCUCUUACAUCACCGAUCUGGACCAGCGACUCCAGUUUCUCCAGGGAUGGUACGACAGUGGACCGCCUCGGGUGUUCUGGCUCAGCGGGUUCUUCUUCACUCAUUCCUUCCUGACGGCCGUCCUGCAGAACCACGCCCGCGCUCACGCCCUCGCCAUCGACCAACUUUGGUUUCACUUUCAGGUGCUGGAGGUGGACGAGGAGAGUCUCUCGCUCCUGUAGCAGGAGCCUACAUCAAGGGCCUCUACCUGGAGGGCGCUAGGUGGGAUUUCCAGAAUAAACGUCUGGAUGAAGCUCUGCCUAGGAGGCUUCACGAACACAUGCCUCCACUGUGGCUGCAGCCGAUGGUGCGGGAGGAGAUCCCGCGGGAGCCAACGUACUCGUGCCCUGUGUACAAGACCAGUGAGCGGCGGGGGAACCUGACCACGACAGGACACUGUACCAACUACGUCUUCUCCGUCAACAUCCCCACCCACCUCGACGAGGACCACUGGACCCUCCGAGGUGUUGCCCUUCUCUGCUCUCUCUCAGACUGAACUGACCUCAACACUGUUAUAUUUAUUCUAGUUUCCCCUGGCUUCGUUCUCGACUGUGAGCGAGAACAGUCACAGUCAAUCACCGGUUCGAUUUCCGGGCGGGACAUCGAACUGGUUGGUUGGGCACGUUUCCUUUCAGCUAAUGCCUCUGUACACCUAGUAGUAAAUUGGUACCCGGGAGUCAGGCAAAUGUUAUGGGUUACAUCCUGGAUACAAACCUAAAGUAUAUAUACACAUGCUUCCUGUCCCCCGACAAAACGAAUGCUUAUUAUUACAUUCAGUGACUAAAUUUGUUAUUUGUGCAAUGUGAUUAUAUAUACACUGGCCUACUAGCAAGCGUUGGUCACACUUGCUCUCCGCCCCGACCACGGCGGUCUCCGGGUUUCGAGUCCCUGUGCCUUCUUUCACCAACUUCGAGGUCAACUCCGGCGCUCACAGUUCCUGCGACGGCGCUG